CUGUGAUAAAGAAUCCCUAGUCGCGCCUUUUCCUUGCGGUCCUAACGCAAUCAGACAACGUCGUUUCAGCACGGAAAGCUCUCCAAAAAGGCCUCUGAACUUCACGUUCCACUGUCUCUCCGCCGUUAGCUCUCAGAACUUUCUUUGCUUCUACACUGAUCUGCAAGAUCUUAAACCCUGAAACCGGGGUCAAGAUCUCAUUUUUCCCUUGAAUUCGCCUCGAAUUCGUGGAAAAGGCAAUGGGUUUGGGGAAACCCAUUUCGGGAUUCGCCCUUCUCACGCUGACCAUUUUGCUGUUACUCAGUCUCGCGAUCUCGGAACCGAUAGAGAAAGAGAGCUUCGUCGAUGAAGAUAUGGAGGGGAUUGAGGAACUGUUAGCUCUAGAUGAAGAGGUGGAGCAACAGCAAGAAACGCACGCGAGAUUUUCGGAAGCCGAGGUACUGACAAGAGCUCAGAGAAUAGUGGUCGAGCUCAACAGUGACAGCUCGAAGAGAGUGAUCGAGCAAAACGAGUAUGUUCUUGUUCUGGGCUAUGCUCCGUGGUGUGCGAGGAGUGCCGAAUUGAUGCCGCAGUUCGCGGAGGCUGCAAACACCUUGAAAGCAUUGGGGAGUUCGGUUGUGUUGGCCAAGCUCGAUUCCGAGAGAUAUCCAAAAGCGGCUUCGGCUCUCAAGAUCAAAGGCUUUCCCACCUUGCUUCUGUUUGUCAAUGGGACCUCUCAGGCUUACACUGGUGGAUAUUCUGCGGAAGAAAUAGUUAUCUGGGCAAGGAAAAAGACUGGUGUGCCCGUUGUUAGGGUAAACUGUGUGACUGAAGCAGAAGAGUUUCUUAAGAAGUAUCAUAUGUUCGCCGUUGGUGUAUUUGAGAAAUUUGAGGGCUCUGCUUAUGAAGAAUUUGUUAAAACAGCGACAGCCGACAAUGAAAUCCAAUUUGUAGAAGUUAGCAACCUGGAGGCUGCCCGUGUUCUUUACCCUGACGUUGAAUCUUAUAGCUUUUUCCUGGGCAUUGUCAAAAGUGAGCCAGAAAGAUAUGCUGGAUAUGAAGGAGCCUUUGAAAUGGAAAAGCUGCUGCAGUUUUUGGACCAUAACAAAUUUCCGUUAGUUACCAAAUUGACUGAGCUUAAUUCCGUCAGAGUUUACUCCAGUCCCAUAAAACUCCAGCUUUUUGUGUUUGCUAACGCUCAAGACUUCAAGGAUCUUCAUGAGCCUCUACAAGAUGUGGCAAGAAAAUUCAAGUCAAAGAUAAUGUUUAUCUAUAUCGACAUUGCAGACGAAAACCUAGCAAAGCCCUUCUUAACUCUUUAUGGACUUGAAGACACAGAGGACACCGUGGUGGCUGCUUUUGAUAGCAAAAUCAGCUCCAAGUAUUUGUUAGAGACUGAUCCAACACCAGCCAACAUAGAAGAUUUCAGCUCAAAGUUUCUCCAGGGUUCAUUAUCUCCUUACUUCAAGUCUCAGCCAGUACCGGACAGCCAGAAAGAGGCAAGCAUCCAGGUCGUUGUGGGAAAGACAUUUGAUGACAUAGUUUUGAACAGUCCCAAGACUGUCUUUCUUGAGGUUCACUCGCCUUGGUGCAUCAACUGUGAGACUACAAGCAAGCAAGUAGAGAAGUUAGCUAAGCACUUCAAAGAUUUGAAUAAUUUGGUUUUUGCGAGGAUCGAUGCUUCUGCAAAUGAACAUCCGAAAUUACAGGUGGUUGACUAUCCGACGCUCCUACUUUACCCUGCAAGUGACAAAGCCAAUCCGAUAAAAGUUUUAGCGAAAUCAAGCUUGAAAAGCAUGGCGAAUUUCAUCUCAAAACAUUUGAGAUCCAGCGAUGACGACCCUAAAGAUGAAUUGUAAAAUAUGUGGUGAUGAAAGUAUACCGAGGAUAUAAGAUAACAGGGGAAAUUAGUAAUGGGGGAUUCUUAAAUAGUUCUGAUCUUUUCCUUUGCUUCGAAAAGAAGACUAUUGUAAGCAUUCAUUUUAUCAUUUAAAUGAGUACAACCGAUGGAUA